GUAUAUAAAGGGACAUCAACUGUUGUUGGCCACACACUCAACUCGCCUUGACACACGCUGACGCUCACAGGCAGAGAAAGGUUUGAAACAUCUCCCAGAAAUGGCAAAGGUUUUCAAGAAGACCAGUGGAAAUGGAGGGCUUACCCUCUACUUGGGGAAGAGAGACUAUGUGGACCAUGUGUCUGCAGUGGACAGAGUUGAUGGUGUUGUCAAGGUGGACCCAGCAGAUUUUGGUGAUAGAAAAGCUUUCGUCCAGUUGGCCUGUGCCUUCCGCUACGGCAGCGAGGACCUGGAUGUGAUGGGCCUGUGCUUCAGGAAGGACAUCUGGUUCGAGCAGAUACAAAUCUACCCUGAGAGCAGCAAGCCUCAGCUGAGCGCCAUGCACGAGACCCUGCUGAAGAAGGCGGGGGACAACUCGUUCCCCUUCUCCUUUGAGAUUCCCAACAACCUGCCAUGCUCAGUCUCUCUGCAGCCUGGACCUGAUGACAAGGGAAAGGCAUGUGGUGUUGACUUUGAGGUGAAAACCUACCUGGCCAAGGAGAAGAACAACCCAGAUGAAAAGAUUGAAAAGAAGGACACUGCUCGGCUUGUCAUCCGUAAAAUCCAGUACGCCCCAUCUCAGGUGGGGUCUGGCCCCAAGGCCGACAUCUGCAAGAGCUUCAUGAUGUCCGACAAACCUGUUCACUUAGAAGCGUCGAUGGAGAAAGAUCUCUACUUUCAUGGAGAAGCAAUCCCAAUCAAAAUCAAAAUCAACAACGAGAGCAACAAAACAGUGAAGAAAAUCAAAAUCUCUGUGGACCAAACCACUGACAUUGUCCUCUACUCAGCGGACAAAUACACCAAGACUGUUCUUUGCCAAGAGUUUGGGGAGACAGUGGAGGCCAAUGGCACUUUGGACAAAACUCUGACCAUCACACCAAUACUGUCUGAGAACAAGGAGAAAAGAGGUCUGGCGCUGGACGGACGGCUGAAGGACGAGGACACAAACCUGGCCUCCACUACCAUGCUGCGGCAGGGUGUGGAAAAAGAGGUGUUGGGUAUCCUGGUUUCCUACAAGAUUAAAAUUAACCUCAUGGUGGCUGGAGGAGGCCUGCUGGGCGGCCUUACUGCCAGCGACGUCACAGUGGAGCUGCCACUGAACCUCAUGCACCCCAAACCUGAAGAGUAAAGACUCCACAUCACUAGAAGAUGUUACCCUGCAGAUUGAGAAGACACCCACGGAAAGACAAGAUGACAACCAAAGCAAGUGAUGUGACACAAAGAGGAAGAGUGUGGCUGGUGUCAGGAAGUGAAGAGGAAAAUAUUUCAAUGCAGGAAAAAAGGAUAUAAGAUGUGACAUCAAUCCCCUCCUAGAUAUUUGUUGUUUCUGUUCAUGUAGAGAGAGCAUUGCCAUUUAGCUGUCGAGAUUGUCUGUGCACAAGACCCUUACUAAGACCCUCAUGUAAGUGGAGCUUUCUUUCUCCCAUAAAAUGUCAGUUUGAAGCCCAUAAAACCACUGUGCUUUUGAACACUAUGAUACACUUACCCAUAAAGUGAAAUAAAAUGACUUGGAAAAAAUG